AUGGCUGCAAAUCAAACAGCCUACAUCAACUGGCAACUACGUAUCACAACCAAAACUCGUCCUGAGAUCGUGAACACAUGGACGGGACUUGAUCCACGAGCGCAACGGCUGGAGGCGAGGAACGCUGUGGCUGCGAACAUGGGGGAUGGUUUACUUCGGGAUGGCACAGCUCCUCCUAAUGCCGGCGCAGCGCAAUUGCAAGCGCAAGCACAAAUACCACCAGCAGCAACAGUCCAGCAAGCCCUGCCACCAGCGCAAGUACCAGCGCAAGUAUCAGCCGCUCCAGCCGCACCAGCAACAGCACCAGCAACAGCACCAGCAACAGCACCAGCACCAGCAACAGCACCAGCAACAGCACCAGCAACAGCACCAGCAACAGCACCAGCAACAGCACCAGCAACAGCACCGGCGGCUUCGCCAUCGCGGAGCUCCGAAGUCUCGCCCGAAGAUCCCGCCGGCCCUUCCUCUGGUCGAUUGGCACAGCGUGCGUACGCUCAGCUUGCACGAAACGAUGGAUCAGGGUUGGAUGCGUUCGGCGAAGGAGACGGUGUUAAUGCAGCCACUUCACCGCAGAGCUAUCCGCCGGCCGCACCUCCACUUGGAGCCGCUCUGGGUGAUGUUGUCGCCAGUGGCGUUUCUCAACUGCCUCUUGAGUCGGCACCUGAGGGUGACACAGGCGAGCCAUCCUCGCCACUCUCGUCUGACUUUACUAGCGAUAAGUCUUCCGAGAACUCUGAAGGCGGGACGUACACUGAAGAAGGUUUUCCUUACGACAAAAGUGGUGAUGCGAGGAAGAUCGCGCACCGCUAUUUCGCCAACAAGGAGAUAGGAGGAAAGUUCCUACACAAACUGAUUGAUGAUGAAAAUGAUGAAGACGAAGAUGAAUGGAUUGCUAAGCCCGAGUAUCUGGGGAGCGGCGGCUUUGGCCUUGUGCAGCUGUGGCUCAAGGUACAUGAAGGGAAGAUCGUGGACCGAGUGGCGACCAAGGAUAACUUUUGCCCCCACGGCUCGUGGACUGAUUGGACAAAGUGGUUUGGAGAUGCGAAAGACAUGUCAAGUAACCAGCAUAUCGAGAUCAAGAUCAUGCAGUUAUUGACAGAGCAAGGACGCAAUGGAUCUUCUCACAUCGUGGCCUACAGAGCACAUCAACGGAGAGACAACGAUCUGUGGUACCGCAUAUACAUGGGCUUUUGUCCUCAGGGAGACUUGGAUGAUCUUAUCCAACGACACGAGUUCAUUCCUGAGCCCGCGAUCUGGUCGAUACUUAACGACAUGGUCUCAGCAUUGCUACUACUGGAGUACGGUGACGCUCAAAGAGAUUCCAAGCAGAAAGAUUGGAAAAACAUCGUCCAUCGUGAUCUGAAGAACCCGAACAUCCUGUUGGAUGCGCCGGAUCCCAAUUCUGAUUUCCCCAACUAUCCUCAUGCCAUGCUGGCAGACUUUGGCCUAGCUAUCAUGACCGACGACGACGACGAAAACAAUCCUCUAGCUUACAACAAUGGUACCCCAUCAUCCUAUGAGCAAAACCUUAUCAUGUCUGAAGCACUCGCUAACCUUUUUGCUCUUCUGUUUGUAGGCUCAGGGACCGAACAGUGGCAAUCUCCUGAACAGAUGCGUUUCGUUUACGAACAACAUCACACGGCGUGGCCCAAGAACAUCUGGCAACUCGGAGAGUGGACCAACGUCUUUGCACUCGGACUGGUCCUCUUUCGAUUGAUGGGUGCACCAUACCGACCUCGUUUCCGCAGGCCACAGGCGGAGCCCGUACUCGUACCACCCUUGAUACUCAGAUAUUCUGGGACGCUGAGGAAGAUUGCAACAAAGUGCGUUAGGUUCGAUCCGGACCGGCGACCAUCCCUCGGGGAUCUUAGGACCAUGAUAGAUCGGCACACCGGCAUCAAUGGCCAGGACGACAAGGCUAAAGGUCUCAGGACCGGAACCACCUCGACUGAUGGCGUGCCAUACAGCCUCUCACUGAUGGAGGAAGAAUACAAUAUUGGCAUGGCUUACCCGUGA